UUAAGAACGCGACGGCCAAGACGAAGAAGAGCACGAAGGCGGCUGGAGGAGAAGAGGCCAGGACCGGGGAAGGGCUCGCCAAGACGACGAUGCUGCACCAGCUGGGGGCGCCGGCGCUCUUCGGGCUCUGGCCCCUCUUCACCAUGCACAACAAACAGGUUCUCAGGGUCUUCCCGUUCCCAAUGAACGUCACGACAGCACAGUUUGCUCUUGGAACUGUCGUCGCUUUGCUCGUGUGGACAACUGGUGUUCUUAAAAGACCAAAGGUUUCUGUUGCACAGCUUGCUGCUAUCCUCCCCCUGGCCAUUGUCCACACCAUGGCCAGUCUUUCACAAACAUGAGCCCUGGAAAGGUUGCGGUGUCGUUUACACAUGUCGACAAGGCUCACAGGGAGCUGAAGCAUUCCUUUCCGCUUCUCCUUUUCCGCGACGAUCUCCUCCGUCAGUUGCUUAUUGCUUGGGUUGGAUUGUGUCUUGUUCUAAUUGUGACCUUCCAGUCAAGGAAUGUGCUGAGGGUAACCGAAAUACCGAAUUAUCAGUCUAGAACUUAGUUUCUUGAAUAAUCAACUAGGAAUUCAUCUGUUAAUUACUCCCUCCAUCUAUAUUCAUAAGGCAUGGCAUGAUUUGGCA